AUCAGGUAUCAUCAUCUUCAUCACCAUCAUCAUCAUCAUCAUCAUCAGCAACAACAACAGCAGUGGCAGCAACAACAGUAGCAACAACAAUAACAACAGCAACAACGCCGUCAUUACCGCCACCUUCUGCUAUUGUUUUACCAACUCAGCCAAAUUCAAUCACUGGUCUAUCAUCUCAGGUUCACGAGAUUACCUGCAAUUUAUGUCCUAAAACUUUUGCUAGCCAAAAAUUACUUCAACAACAUCAGCAUAUGUUCCAUACUGAUAAAGCAUUUAUUUGUGAAAUUUGCGGCAAAGCAUUCCGGUUCCGGUCUAAUUUAGCGGAACACCGAUCCGUACAUACUGCGCUCAAGCCAUAUGUUUGCAAAUUUUGUGGCAAAUCAUCGAGGCUUAAAGGAAAUUUGACGAAGCAUAUUUUGAAACAUCACAAACAAGAGCAAAAUGCUUAUAUUGGUAAAGAUGAUAUUAUAAUUAAAAAGGGUAAGAAAUCGGUGAAAGAUCCGGCAGCUGUUGAUUUCCUCGAAAAAUCAAUGAUAAUAUUAACUUCCGGUACCUCAGAAAACCCGCUUAAUUUACCUGCACAGAAAGAUGAGGCAAUGGACGACGAGAAUGAUAAAAGUCGUUCAAUAUUCAUGUCUCUUGGCCUUGAUACGGGCAGCAUGGAUCUCAGGUCGACUUCACCUGAAGAAGAAUCCAUUUUUUCGGUUCACGGCGAAAAACCGGCUGCCGAUCCGAUGACAGAUGAACAAAUUGGAAUGGGCGGUGGUGAACUGGAUUGUGAAGAGGGUACGUCAUCACCGCUCAACAAUAUUAGUACCAAUGAGCAUCUUACCUCACUGAUUGCUCGUAUGGCUAAUAAUUCACGAACUCAAUGUCCGGAAUGUGGCAAACAUUUCCGCAAAGGUUCAUCAUUGCAAGUGCAUAUGACACUGAAUCAUGGCUUUCCGCCACCCGGUAGUUCCAUUUCAUCUGAUGAUCAGGCUGAAAAGUGUUCCGAUUGUGGUACUUCAGCCGAACCAGGAAACUCUCAAAAUGAAAACCCGUCAUCGGCACCGGUUCAUCAGGAAAUUAAAGAAAUCAAAUCAAUGAUCGGUGAAUUGCGAUCAGCCCAGAGUACAGCACGUGUUGAACAGUUACUAACUGGUUUGGAUACACGUGUUGGGCGGUUAGAGAAACAAUUGGAAAUGGCAUUAAACAGCAUUUAUACACUGGUUCAGUUACAAACCGGAAUUAAUUCAUCCGUAACAAGGUUCAGGGAGGAAGCUUGUGAGCAAUUAAAAACAGUCAAAGCAAUGCUAAGCGAGUCUUCCGUUUGAUAAGAUUUCUGAUACUUUACAAAAAAGAAUGACAAAGUGGAGAGAGAAGGAAAAAACAAAAGAGA